AGCAAUUCCAUUUGUGAGAUUUAGAGCGUAAUCUCGCGCAGGAUACUUGACAAAUCAAUUAUCGUAGUAUGCUUUAACAUAAACACCCGGUCUUACGUUGUGACAACGCGUCUUGGAGAGGCAUAUGUCCGGGCUAAUUUACAGUCGUCUCCAGUUAGGUUAAUUCGCCAUUGAGUGCAGCAAAGUUUGUUUAUUACAUAAUAAAGUAAAACUGAUGUUGAUAGUCUAGCUUGGCGAGAUGUUGCGAUUACCGGUCGUACGGGCCACCGGCCUGGCAAGUGGGAGGUUCAGUGCUGCUGGUUUUCAUACUACAUCCAGCAAGUCGCAACAGGAAUUGGUCGAGCUCUUCAUUGAUGAUAAGCCUGUGCAAGUACCACCGGGAACAACGGUCUUGCAGGCUGCUGCAAAGGUGGGAGUUGAGAUACCAAGAUUCUGUUAUCACGAGCGCCUUGCUGUAGCUGGUAAUUGCAGGAUGUGUCUUGUUGAAAUAGAGAAACAAGUCAAGCCUAUUGCUGCAUGCGCUAUGCCAGUGAUGAAAGGCUGGAGGGUGAAAACCAACUCUGACUUGACACGGAGAGCGCGUGAGGGUGUUAUGGAAUUUUUAUUGGUUAAUCAUCCAUUGGAUUGUCCAAUCUGUGAUCAGGGCGGGGAAUGUGAUUUACAAGAUCAAAGCAUGGCGUUUGGAAGCGAUAGGAGCCGGUUCGUUGAUAUUAACUUCUCCGGGAAAAGGGCGGUAGAAGACAAAGAUAUCGGACCUUUAAUCAAGACAAUUAUGACACGUUGCAUACAUUGCACAAGAUGCAUCCGAUUUGCUUCGGAGGUAGCUGGUAUCGACGACUUGGGAACUACAGGGCGUGGUAACGAUAUGCAGGUAGGAACAUACGUCGAGAAAAUGUUUCUGUCCGAACUGUCUGGCAAUAUCAUCGAUCUUUGCCCCGUGGGUGCACUAACAAGUAAACCGUAUGCAUUUGUCGCUCGUCCAUGGGAGACGCGUCGUACCGACAGUAUCGAUGUUCACGACGCUGUUGGUAGCAACAUCGUCAUCUCCCAUAGAACCGGUGAAGUUCUGAGAAUACUACCGCGAGUGAACGAGGAAGUGAAUGAGGAAUGGCUCUCGGACAAAGCUCGCUUCUCAUACGAUGGACUAAAGAGACAGAGACUCAUUACGCCAAUGUUAAAAAUUAACGGAAAAUUGCAAGCUGUGGAUUGGGAAGAUGCGCUUAUCGCUGCUGCUACGCCAUUGGUGAAUUUACCGGCGGACAGUUGCGCUGCAAUUGUUGGGAAAUUAGUAGACGCGGAGGCUCUUAUCGCCAUGAAGGAUCUAGUGAACAAAUUGGGCAGCGAGGGGCUGGCUACGGAACAAUGCUACCCGAAGGAUGGUUCGGGCAUCGAUUUAAGAAGCAGCUACCUGUUGAACAAUACCAUCGCUGCGAUUGAAGAUGCGGACGUCGUAGUAUUAAUCGGUACAAAUCCGCGAUACGAAGCACCACUGGUAAACACGCGUCUCAGGAAGGGUUACCUGCACGGUGAACAGACAGUUGCUCUUAUUGGCCCGGAUGUAGAUUUAACGUAUGAACAUGAGCAUUUGGGAGAGUCUUUCGACGUGAUAACGAAAUUGCGGAACGGUUCGCACCCGUUCUGUGCGACUCUGAAAGCGGCUAAGAAACCACUCGUUAUCCUAGGUGCCGAUCAGCUUGCUCGGAAGGACGGAGCGAAGAUUCUUUACGAAACGCAAGCGUUAGCGAAGGCUUUAGGAGAUAACUCAAAAGCUUCCCAGGAUUGGAAAAUCUUAAACAUAUUGCACACGAAUGCUUCUCAAGUUGCAGCCUUGGAUAUCGGCUAUGGUUCCACCGUGGAGGAGAUCAAGCAGCAACAACCCAAGGUUCUGUUCCUUUUGGGUGCUGACGACGCAAAUGUCAAGAAGGAAGAUUUCCCAAAUACAUUUAUUAUUUAUAUAGGAAGCCAUGGUGACGCUGGAGCGACCAUUGCGGAUGUCGUAUUGGCUGGAGCAGCGUAUACCGAGAAAGUCGCGAGCUACGUUAACACGGAAGGUCGAGCCCAACAGACACUUGCAGCGAUCACACCACCUGGCUUAGCGCGUCCGGAUUGGAAAAUUAUUCGCGCUCUUUCUGAAGUAAUUGGUGUUCCUUUGCCAUACGAUGACGUGAACGAAGUGCAAUCGAGGCUUGAAGAAGUUGCACCUCAUCUGGUACGAUACGGUAAUGUUGAACCGGCUAACUUCUUCACACAAGCUUUGGAGAUAGCUAAGCAACAAUCUGGAGGAUCAUUUUUGUCAGACCCCGUGGAUAUCAAACAAAAAACGUUGGAUCAAUUCUUCAUGACUGAUGUAAUAUCACGAGCAUCUCUAACCAUGGCGAAGUGCAUACAAGCAGUCAUGAAACAACGACAAAAUCCGGUGUAAGUUAUCCGCUAGUGUAUAAAAUUCUCACACCCGCUAGUUAUUCGAUAAUACUGGCUAGACAGGAGACGCAUCUCGUAGCCAGUGACAAAAGAAUUACAGAAACGUUAAAGAAAUGUGUCCAGAUGUAUUUAUAGAACUCUGUAUAUUAAACUAUACUGAAAAUGGGA